GGCUUUCCAAGGGUUAAUUGGCGAAUGCUACAUCGCGGCGCGACGCCGUUCCAGCGCGUCUGCGUCCGCGGUCUCGACGUCGUCGUCAAGCGCGACGACCUCUUCUACCUCUCGGGCAACAAGUUUCGCAAACUCUACUGGCUCAUUGAGCAGGACGCCACGUACUUUGAUCACAACCACAUCUUUAGCUACGGUGGGCUGCAAAGCAAUGCGAUGCUUGCUAUCGCCCAGCUCGCGCAUCUGAAGCGCGUGCCGUUCACGUACUUUACAAAGCCCACAGAGCUCAAGUCUGCGGGAGCGCCGGUCGCGACGAACUUGAAGCUCGCGACGGACCUUGGCAUGCAGCACGUCAAGCUCUCGUCGCACGAGUACGAAGCGCUGGCAGAAUCUCGAGAGUUUGGGCCAUUGGUGCCACCGGCAACGUCCAAGUGGAUUGGCAUUCCACAGGGCGGUGCCACGGCCGAUGCAGAAGUCGGCGUCCAAGUCCUGGCCAACGAAAUCAACGCAUUUGCUUCCGGUGAAGCCAAGCCGCUCAGUGUACUCUUGCCCAGUGGCACGGGCACCACGGCAUAUUACCUCGCCAAGCAUCUGCGUCCCGGCAUUGACGUCUACACAGUACCCUGUGUUGGCAGUGCAGCGUAUCUCCGUCAGCAGUGGCAGCAACUGGAACCGAACGCGCUGGUGGCUCGGGCGCGUAUCUUGUCGCCAACGAAGCGCGUUGCUUUCGGGUCGCUCUGGAAACCUCUUCUCGCCAUGCACAACGAGCUUCUGGGCGCGACAGCGAUCGAAUUCGACCUUGUGUACGCAAGCCUCGCAUGGCACACGCUCUUUCACGCUCUCGAGACGCAGACGCUCGACCUUACGGGGAGGCAGCUCGUCUACGUCCACUGCGGUGGUACCUCGGGCAACCCAAGCCAACGCCAGCGCUACGAACGCAAGUGGCCGCGGCCGUAAUCUCAACUGCAGUCCCACUCUGUUGCGUCCACACACUUCCCACGACGUCCGAUGCCGGCGCCUUGGCCCACGACCUUUUAAAUCGAGAUUUGGCUCUCAGAUCUUCGUCUUCUACGGUAGCAAGCUAGAGCUAGAGCGCUAUCGAAUCUCGGUCUAUUGCGUGGGAUGAUCGGCGAG